UGUGCGCACAACACAGGUGAGUUUCCUGGUACGGCAAACAGCGAAAAAGAUCGUUCUUUGACGAAUAGAAAUGGCUCCUCAUAAGAAAUCGAAGAGAAAACCCAAGAAGGACAAGAAAUUGAAGAAGCACAAAAGCAGAAGCUUGGUAGUUCCCGUAGAAUCCAAAGGCAUCGAGUCCGAUUGGUGGCAUAGUUUCUGGCAUAAAAACUCUUCAACCCCAGGUGCAUCAGUACCGGUGGAUGAGGAAGAAGGAUUCAAGUACUUCUUUCGGGUUUCAAAGAAGACCUUUGAGUACAUUUGUUCCCUUGUGAGAGAAGAUCUCAUUUCGAGGCCUCCUUCGGGGCUUAUCAAUAUCGAGGGAAGGCUUUUGAGUGUUGAGAAACAAGUUGCAAUUGCCAUAAGGAGGUUGGCAUCUGGGGAGUCCCAAGUAUCUGUUGGGGCUUCCUUUGGAGUUGGACAGUCGACAGUGUCUCAAGUUACUUGGAGAUUUAUUGAAGCUUUGGAAGAACGAGCCAAGCACCAUGUCAAGUGGCCUGAUGCAGGUAAAAUGGAUGAAAUCAAAUCCAAGUUUGAAGCAGUUUUUGGGUUGCCCAAUUGCUGUGGAGCUAUUGAUGCAACGCACAUCAUCAUGACCCUUCCGGCUGUUCAAACCUCUGAUGAUUGGUGUGACCAGGAGAAUAAUUACAGCAUGUUCUUGCAAGGAGUUGUUGAUCAUGAAAUGCGAUUUCUUGAUAUUGUGACUGGUUGGCCUGGGGCUAUGACGGUUUCAAGACUGCUGAAGUGUUCUGGACUUUACAGACUUUGUGAGGCCGAUGAGCGUCUAAAUGGGAGCACAAGAAAUGUAUCAGAAGGAAUUGAUGUUAGAGAGUAUAUAGUUGGUGGGGUUGGUUAUCCUCUUCUUCCAUGGCUCAUUACUCCUUAUGAAAGUGACGGCCUUUCUGCUUCAUUGUCUGCAUUUAACACUGUGCACGAAGCUGCAAGCUCGCUUUCAGUUAAAGCAUUCAUGCACUUAAAGGGUAGCUGGAGAAUUCUUAACAAGGUCAUGUGGAGACCUGAUAAGCGGAAACUGCCAAGUAUCAUCUUGGUAUGUUGUUUACUCCACAAUAUUAUCAUUGACAAUGGAGAUCUGUUCCAUCCCGAUGUUGCUUUGUCCGGCCACCACGACUCUGGUUACGGAGAACAAAACUGUAAACAAGUUGAUCCGCUGGGAAGAGCCAUGAGGGAAAACAUAGUAAAGCACUUGCAGCAUGGGAAAGAUAAAUCUCCAUUGGAGUAACUACUCUCACAUUUCAGUUAUCAGCUUAUGCCAGACAGCAGAUGCUUUGCUAGAUGGGUCUAGUUUUGGUAAUUUGAUUCAUGUAAGGUUAUGAUGUAUUGUUGAUUUUUUUUUCGAUAACAAUGUUAGAAGUAGAGAAACUAAACGGAAAUGGCCAUGGAACCUGGAAGGGACGAGGAUAGUGUGUUAAGGCAUGCAAACCACAAUAACCACAUGGCGAUAGAAUCUCGUCCAAACCACUAUUUACAAGCGGUUUGCGUUGGGUCUUGAUUCAAUUAAUCUAUCGUAUGGGUUUACACGUGCCUGGCGCAGUUCACUUUUGGGCUUGACGGGCUGUCCGAAGGACACAACUGUUAAAUUGUUAUCGGUUAUAAAAAAAGUGUCAAGGUACUCAUA